UUUACCAUUUCUCUGGAGAAAAUGUUGCAUGACCCCAUGUAUUUAUUCAUCUGUAAUCUGUGUAUUAAUGGUAUCUAUGGUGCCUCAACGUUCUACCCAAGGUUACUUUAUGACCUUUUAUUUGACUCUCAUGUGAUAACAUAUAUUGGGUGUAUGACACAGGUAUUUGGCAUCUACUCCUAUGCUUUCUGUGAAUUCACCAACUUGACCGUGAUGGCAUAUGACAGAUAUGUUGCCAUCUGUAAGCCUUUACUCUACCACACUAUCAUGACUAUUCAAAAAGUGAAGACACUGAUUUUUCUAACAUGGCUUUUAACAUGGCUAGAGAGUGGUGUUGGAGUGGCACUAACAGCUAUGUUACCACUCUGUGGCACUGACAUUGAUAAACUCUACUGCUCAAACUGGGCAGUUGUUAAGCUCUCAUGCAUAGACACUACUCUGAUUAAUUCAUAUGGCUUUAUUCUGACAUUUUCUCAUGUUUCUCAAAUAAUACUAAUCUUGUUUUCCUACGUGAAUAUUGUCAAAGCAUCAUUGCGUUCUCGGGUGGAAAGAAGGAAGUUCUUGCAGACAUGUCUGCCUCAUUUAAUCACCAUGACUAACUUCACCAUAUCCAUCGUAUUUGAUGUGAUGUACGCUCGCUAUGGCAGCAACACCAGCCUGCUGGCCCUGAGGAAUAUAAUGUCUGUGGAGUUCCUAGUGGUGCCUCCUCUGUUGAACCCCAUCAUAUAUGGGAUGACACUCACUCAGAUUCGGAAAAGACUCAUGAUCAACCUGUUGAGACCCCUUGGCUUAGGUUGUUACGAGUGA